UCUCUUCCAACCCUUGACGCCAUUCCCAAGCUUCUCUUCAUCAGACUUUACGGCAUUUGUAUAUAAAGAAAGAAAGCGAGCUAUGAUUUGCUAUAGUUCAUAGAAUCAUUAGGUUUUUCUUGAAUCUCAAGUUUCUCUACAUUCUCUUCUUCUUCUCUUUUCAGUUGCAGCAGGCGAUUCGAAUCCUUCAAAGGCGGAUUAAAAAACACAAAAGGAUUUCAAGAAAUCCAUAAGAUUUGGGGAUUUUUGAGAUUUGAUCUAUGUUAGGGGAGUUUGUAACCAGAGUUCUAGUGUUGGUUCUUGGAUAUGCAUACCCUGGAUUUGAAUGCUUCAAGCUUAUGGAGAACAGCAGGAUAGAUGUUGAACAGCUCUUGUUUUGGUGUCAGUACUGGGUAAUUGUUGCGAUCAUCACUAUCUUUGAGAGGUUCUUUGAUAUCUUCGUUUCAUGGCUACCGUUAUACGGCGAGACCAAGCUGGCUUUCUUCAUCUACUUAUGGCACCCUAAAACAAAGGGAACGAGAUGGGUGUACGAGGCCUUCCUCCGGCCUUUGGUGACUCAACACGAGCCUGAUAUUGAACAGAGGCUGCAGAGAUACAGGGCCAGAGCCGCUGAUCUCCUCCUCUUCUACAUCAAAAACUUCACCGAACAGGGCCAGUCUCUCUUCCUCGAAAUGCUACAUUACAUUACUGCUGGCUCCUCCAAGUCCAACUCCAGCUCUAAGAAAAAUAAACGGUCGGAAGAUGAUCCCCUCGCAAUCAGACGGUCUGAGAAGGCAAAAGAGGAUUUCGUUUACAGCCCAGAAGUAGAAGAGGCCUUCCGCGCGGCCCAGGGAGCCCAUCGCCGGUCCAAGCCUCAUCACUAGAAGAACCCUUCCACAUUCAAUUUAGUAUUUACUAGUCUUCUGUACAGAAAUAUAUUUUUAAUUUUUAAUUGCAAUUGUAGGGAAGAAUAAUAUUUUUAAUGCUAUUAUUAUUGUAGCCGUAGCAAUCCGAGCGGAUAGAAAACCUUUUCAAACCAUUCACUAAUUCAUUUAAUUUAUUCAAACA